AUGGAGAUUAUUCUGGGUGAUUCUAUGAGGAGUUUCUUAGACUUGGAAGGAAGUGCUGACAAUGCAAACUUGCCUGACAGCGUUGUAUCUGAUGUACUAGAUACUCGUGACAUUGCAGUAAAAGGAGUGAUAGACAGCAAUGGUAAAGAUUUACAGUUCACUGUUGGAGAUGCAGUCAAAGCAUUUGGAUCAGCAUUAGAUAUUCAGUUUACAGAGCCUUUGAACAAAGAUGCUACCAUUUCGGUCUGUGUGCAAUACGAGACCUCGCCAAAAGCCAGUGCAUUGCAGUGGUUGACAUCAGAGCAAACUGCUGGCAAGAAACAUCCUUAUCUGUUCAGCCAGUGUCAGGCCAUUCAUUGUCGUAGCAUGGUACCAUGUCAAGAUGCACCUUCAGUGAAAGCACCCUACAAAGCCAAGGUAACUGUUCCUAGAGAACUUGUAGCAUUAAUGAGUGCCCUACGUGUAGGUGAGGAACCGGUGAGUGGUGACAAGUCAAAAUGGACUUACAAAUUUCAUCAGAAAGUUCCAAUUCCAAGCUAUCUGAUUGCCAUUGUGGUUGGUGCACUGGAAUCCAGAGUUAUUGGACCAAGAUCACGUGUGUGGUCAGAGAAAGCAAUGGUGGAUCAGGCAGCCUAUGAAUUUGCUGAUACUGAGCAAUUCUUAACAACAGCUGAAGAGUUGUGUGGUCCCUAUGUGUGGGGUGAAUACGAUCUGUUAAUUUUACCACCAUCAUUCCCAUACGGUGGUAUGGAAAAUCCAUGUCUGACAUUUGUCACUCCUACCAUAGUGGCUGGUGACAGAUCUUUGGUUAAUGUAAGUUGUGGAUGGAGAAAAAUACAUGAUGAUAUUACUGCAUUUGGCGCUGACAAUCCUCAUACUAACUUGGUUCCCAAUUUAGAAGGGAUUGACCCGGAUGAUGCAUUCUCUGCUGUACCAUAUGAAAAGGGAGCAGCUUUGCUAUUUUAUUUGGAAUCUUUGGUGGGUGGGCCAGGUGUAUUUGAGCCAUUCUUGAGAAGUUACAUUGACAAUUUCAAAUACAAAUGUCUCACUACUGCUGAGUGGAAAGAUUAUUUAUUUUCUUUCUUUAAAGACAAGCAGGGAAUAUUCGAUGUUGUUGAUUGGACAGCUUGGUUUCAUUCACCUGGCAUGCCACCUGUCAAACCAGAAUAUGAUACUACUAUGAGUAAUGCAUGUACAACACUUUGCAAGAAUUGGUGUCAGUCUAAGACUAAUGAGCUUGAGAAGUUUUGUAGCGAUGAUCUUAAGGAGUUUUCUCCCGGACAAAAGAUUGAAUUCCUGGCUCAGACUUUACUUGAAGAGCCAUUAUCUGUGGAUCACCUCAAAAAAAUGGAGAAUCAUUACAACUUUAAUGACAGUAAGAACUCAGAAAUUCGAUUCAGAUGGUACAGACUGUGUAUCAGAGGUGGUUGGGACGCUGUUAUCCCUUCAGCAUUAGACUUUGUAACAGAGCAAGGCAGGAUGAAGUUUGUGAGACCUAUAUACAAGGACUUGUAUGCAUUUGAGAAAUCAAGAGAGCAGGCCAUCGAGCGGUUCAAGAAAAAUCGGAAACAGAUGAAUAUCAUAUGUGCUAACAUGGUGGCCAAGGACUUGAAAGUCACCGAGUAAUGCUUCCAUUGCCAUAUUACGUGGUCACAAUGUAGCUACGCAAAAUUUGUAUUUUGAUGGCCAUUUCAUGCAAAUUUAUCUGGUGCAAUUGAACAAUUAUUGUAUGGAUAUGCCACGCAAUUAAACAGGAAAAGUAUGUAUUACA